AUGUCAACAACAUUCAAACUUGUAUUAGCUCUUACUUUCGUCUGCAUUCUUGCGCUCAUUAUUGGAAACACCCAAGCAGCAGUUUCACUUAAUGCCAGAGGAUUGAGUGCACUCUCCUUAGAAGCUGAUUCAUUGGAAGCUGAUACUGAAUUCCUCGAUGAAUUGAAAAAGAUUGGUGAAAAUCUCAAAACUAAUCUUGGAAAGGGAAUUAAUGGAGUUAAGGAUAAAGUAGCCGAAUUCGUUGAAGCUAAGAAACAAUUUUUAGGUAAGAAAUUCGCCGAAACCAAGAAUAAAGUCAAGAAGGCAGUCGAAGCCAAAGCAAAGGAAGUUUUCUCCAAAGUCAGCACAAUUGCCAAACAACAAGUUGACAAGAUUAAAGGUGAAAUUUCCAAGAAGGCAGUUCAAUUAAAGGAUAAACUCAAAGUUCAAUUCGAAAAGACUAAGGAAAAGAUUGAAGCUCAACUCAAGAAGCAAAUUGAAAGUAUUGUCAAGAAACUUGAACAAGAAUAUCAAAAGAAGGAAAAGCAAAUUACCGAAGCAAUCAAUGCAAAGAUUAAUCAAGUGACUGAUUCAGUUCAAAAGAAGGUUGAACAAGCUGCUGAUAAUAUUUCAAAUGCUGCUAAUGGAAUUGUUAAUCAGGCAACAAGUGUUGUUGAUAAGAAGGUUAAUGAUUUGGAUAAGGUUAUUAAUACUGUUCAAGCUUUGUAA